GCUCAUACAUGGAAAAUGGUACCAGGGUUGCGGCCUGAUGACGCAUCUGUUUUUGUCGCUGAAAACAUGGCGGCGUCCAAACAGCCGACGGAACCGAACAGCAGCAUCCCAGAAUAUGAAUUUGUGAACGUAAACACUAAACCCUUCCACAUCGGCUCCUUCCGGGACGAGUGGCUGAAAAGACUGCAGCCGAGAGACGUCUCCUUCCAGCCGGUAGACCAAGACACGUUUGAAGCUAGCUUUGCUGCGGAGAUGGGCCUCGGAGAGGAAACCAUGGCUGAACUCAGAUCAGUCUGCAGUGUUGACUCACUUCGUUGCCAUUCGGAAGAUCAGCAGCCUGACCCCAAGGUCGUACCUACGAACUCGACCCUGAAAACCGUCACACAAAGAAAAAAGAAGCAGGAGAUCAAAACAUCUGAGAAAUCGUCCAAAAACAGACAUGAGCUCUACGCGAAUGAACUGGACCGUCUAACUGUUGGAAGGGUACCAGAGACGGAGGAUGACAUGAUUCCUGAAGGGGAGGUCAUUCUAACCAUCAACAUCUACUUCCCUGGGAAUUUUGAGAAAUUCAACUACGUCAGACCCCACAUGACGCUGCUGAUGACGGGCUCCCACACCCUGGCCGAGCUCCGGGACGCCAUCUGCUGCGUCAGCGACCUGCAAGUGUGCGGCGAGUUCAGCAGCACACCAGACAUGGCUCCAGACUUCAUCAGCAAAGAUAUUUUCAAAUCAGCCUUCUUCUUCUUUGAAGGAGUUUUCUACAACGACAUGCGAUAUCCUGAGUGCCAGGACAUCAGCAGUACGACCAUCAAAUGGACAAAAUCCCAGAACUUCCCGUCGUUCAGCCAGGCCAAGAUGGAGGACACGCGGUUCAUGGAUCUGAAAGUGAAGGUUGGAUUCCCGUACCUCUACUGUCACCAAGGAGACUGCGAACACCUCGUCAUCAUCACAGACGUCAGACUGGUCCAUAAAGGCGACUGCUUGGAUCGGAAGCUGUAUCCGCUUCUCACACACAAGAACAGGGUGCUUACCCAGAAAUGUGCUGUCUGCCAUGUCUUCAUCAGCAGAUGGUACACCACCCGCGACCAGUUCGCUCCCAGUGAUCCGUGUCUCUUCUGUGACAAAUGCUUCCGCAUGCUGCAUUACGACAAGGAAGGCAACAAACUGGGAGAGUUCCUGGCGUAUCCCUAUGUAGACCGAGGUGCCUUUAACUGAAGCAAACAGAUGUUGGUGCUGCUUAAUUCAGUCAAAUUUCAUACAGUGUAAAUGUCACAAAACUUUUUAUUUUUGAUUAAAAAUUCAGUCUCAUA